CAAAAUAAGUGUACUAGAGAGUUCUACAAAUACUACUAGUCUCACUUGCAUUUUGCGCUAACCCUGUGUUUAUUGAUUAUAUUGUUCGACUAUGGGUGUAGAAUUAGUUUUAAGCACUUGCAUUCUUUCCUUUCUAUUCUUCUUUGUUCCUUCUCUGAAUCUGAUAUCUGCUCAACCAUUUGAUUAUCCAACUGCAAAACUCUCUACUUCAUGGAUCAAUGAUCCUUCUGUUCCUCCACAUACCGUUCACUUUGGUGAUGGUUCAAUUGCCACACCGGUUCUUUUAAGAGGAACAUUAGGCCAAAGGUUUGCUUGUGGCUUUUACUGUAAUGGAAAAUGUGAUUCUUACCUUUUCGCCAUCUUCCUUGUUCAGACAAACAGCAUCUCCCAUAUUGUUUCCCCUACUGUGUCAUUCCCACAAGUUGUUUGGUCUGCUAACCGAGACCAUCCUGUUAAAAUCAAUGCCACUUUGCAGCUCACCUCAGAUGGUGAUUUGGUGUUACGCGAUGCUGAUGGUUCUGUAGCCUGGUCAACUAAAACUGCUGGCAAAUCUGUUGCUGGUUUGAACUUAACUGACACUGGAAAUCUUGUACUUUUCAAUAAACGCAAGGAGGUAGUUUGGCAAUCUUUUGAUCAUCCCACGGAUGCUUUGCUCCCGGGACAGAAGCUUCUCGAAGGGCAGAAACUAAUUGCAAGUGUUUCCAAGACCGAUAGCAGAGCUGGUGUGCACUCUCUUGUUGUGAAUGCUAAAGGCUUAUUUGCUUAUAUCCAAUCCAAUCCCCCUCAGCCCUAUUACGAGCUAUAUGUCUAUGGCGAGGAAAAGACUAACAAGCCAAAUUAUGUCAAGUUCCUCAAUGGCAGCCUGGAUUAUUACCUACAUUCAUCAGAGCCAAGUGCUCCAACUCAUACAAUUUACAUUCCACCAGCCUCAUCAGAGCAGUACAUGAGGCUAGAAUCCGACGGGCAUUUAAGAGUAUACGAAUGGAAAUCCAAGUGGGAGGUCUCAGCAGAUGUCCUCACAGGUUUUGCAGGUGAAUGUACUUACCCUCUGGCCUGUGGGAAAUAUAGCAUUUGCGCAAAUGGACAAUGCAGUUGUCCCGGAGCCAGCAGUAGUACAGUCAGAUUUUUUCGACAAAUCAGAGAAAAGUAUCCUAGUCUUGGCUGUGCUGAAAUAACUCCUCUAAGCUGUUCAGCUUCGAAAGAUCAGAGUUUUGUUGAGCUGAAAGAUGUUGCUUACUUCACAUUUAACUCCAGCAUUGCUAACACUGAUGUUAACAAGUGCAAGAGUGAUUGUUUAAAAAGUUGUUCCUGUAAAGCAGCAGUAUUUCGUUAUGGAUCAGAUUCUACUAAAGGCGAGUGUUUGCUGCUGUCUGAGGUGUUUUCUUUACAGGACCAUGAUUCAGAACAGAGGCACUAUAAUUCAACUGUGUAUCUCAAGGUGCAAAAGAAUACCAUCAAGUGACCUGCAAUCGUGCCAACAAGGUGUUGGUAUGGUGGUAGAACUCUUGUACCUCUUCCAGAAGUUUGACUCGAGGCGUGUGUGUGUCUAAUCAAUUAGAAAGAAAAAAAAAAAAAAAAACAGUGACCUGCCGUCAUCAUAGGUUUCUCAUUGGUGUAAUCUCGAAAUGUCAAAACAAUUCGAUAAAUUUAUCACUGUCUGUUUUUUUAUUUGAAGAUUUUAUCACUGUCUGUUCUUCAAAAAUAUUGUUGCCCAUUUCAAUGUAUUGGUGUGCCAGUUGCACUUCUGCAACGAA